CCUUCCUUAGUCCCUUGGCUAUCGCUCCUGUCAAUUAUGGUCCAACAUGGAUGACAUUAGAAUGCAGCAAAGCUAGGGACUGUAACUGGACUGAAGAGAGAAAUAGGAUAAGACAAAGACAACAGUACAGGCUGCAAUUUGCAGCCAGGAGAACAGACGGAAAGAUGCCUUCCCCGUCCUUCUCCUUGGAUGCUCAGCUGAGGUUUCACAACAAGUGGCUGAAGAUAGAUUUACAGCGCGCCUUCUCUCCGGAGGGCCUGAGUGAGAUGUGGAAUGAGAUGGUGAAGGAUGAAGAGAUCACCUGUAACGGAGAGGAAUCUGCUCACCCAGAGGACUGCGCCGAUUGCUUUGGUGGUCAAAAGAAGGAUGAGUCUAACGACAAAGAGAAGAAGGAGGAGGAGGAGGCGUCCACGUCCGUCCACCACUCCAUCAUCGAGACGUGGGACUGGGGGCGGCAGCCAGAUGAGAACGAGCUGAAGGAGUGCCUGAUGGUGCUGGUGGAGGACCAGCAGAAGCUGGCGACGCACACGGCCAAGAGCACGCUGUCGGCCCUGCGCCUCCGGCAGCGGCUGGUCAUCCUGGAGCGCUACCUCAUCUCGCUCAGCCACAGCAUGAUGGAGGAGAAGUACAAGUCCCGCUGGAAGAGCCCGGCCAGCCCGCCCGGCCCGCCGCUGCCCGCCGCCGACAACAAGAGCCCACGUCCUGCUGGGAAGGGGGUGGAGGGUCUUGCCAGAGUGGGAUCCAGGGCGGCCCUCUCCUUUGCCUUCGCCUUCUUGCGACGGGCGUGGAGGUCAGGCGAGGACGCGGACCUGUGCAGCGAGCUCCUGCAGGAAUCCCUGGAUGCCCUGCGGGCUCUCCCAGAAGCCUCUCUGUUCGACGAGGGAACCGUGUCCUCCGUAUGGCUGGAGGUGGUGGAGAGAGCCACAAAGUUCCUCACUGAUGUCCACGGGAGUGCCAGCGCUAAAGGCCCAGGAAACAUUCCACUGCAGGACCAGCACCUGGCCCUGGCCAUCCUCCUGGAGCUGGCAGUGCAGAGAGGCACCCUCAGCCAGCUGCUGUCUGCCGUGCUGCUGCUGCUGCGUCUUUGGGACAGUGGCGCGCGGGAGAUGGACAACGAGCGCUCGGCCCAGGGCACCAGCGCCCCCCUGCUUCCCCUGCUCCUGCGCUUCCAAAACAUUCACUCCAGCAAGGACCUGCCCAGCGCUGAGGAGGAAAUGGAGGUCCUCACGGCCCCCCUGAGCCCGAACGAGAGCCUGCUCCGCUACCUGACCCUGCCGCAGGACAACGACCUGGCCAUCGACCUGCGCCAGACCGCCGUGGUCAUCAUGGCGCACCUGGACCGGCUGGCCACGCCCUGCAGCCCUCCGCAGUGCAGCUCGCCCACCUCGCACAAGGAUCAUGGGAAUAUGCAGGGCACUCUGCAGGAGGUGAUUGGCUGGGGCCUGCUCGGCUGGAAGCUCCACGCCAACGUGAACGGGCCGGUCCAGUGCAAGGCCCUGGCCAACCUGGGGGUCACCCAGGUGGUCUGCUCCGAGAAGGGCUUCCUGGUCCUGUCCCGAAGCGGGGCCGUCUACACGCAGAACUACAAGAGCACCACCCUGGCUCCGCUGCUGGUGCAGGCCCUGUCUUCCAGGAAGAUCAUUAAGAUAGCGGCUCACCCUGAUGGACAGCACUACCUCGGGCUGUCGGCCAACGGGGAGGUCUUCUCCUGGGGCUGCGGAGACGGAGGCCGCCUGGGACACGGGGACACCACGUACUUGGAGGAGCCCGCCAUGAUCACGGCCUUCACGGGGAAGCAGACGGGGAAGCACGUGGUGCACGUGGCCUGCGGCAGCACCUACAGCGCCGCCGUCACCGCAGACGGGGAACUGUACACCUGGGGCCGGGGGAACUACGGCCGGCUGGGACACGGCUCCAGCGAGGACCAGACCACGCCCAUGCUGGUGACGGCGCUGAAGGGGCUGAAGGUGGUGGACGUGGCGUGCGGCAGCGGAGACGCGCAGACGCUGGCCGUGACGGAGAACGGUCAGGUGUGGUCGUGGGGGGACGGAGACUACGGGAAGCUGGGCAGGGGAGGCAGCGACGGCUGCAAGACGCCCAAGCUGGUGGAGAAGCUGCAGGACCUGGACAUCGUCAAGGUGUGCUGCGGGAGCCAGUUCUCCGUGGCGCUGACCAAAGACGGGCAGGUGUACACCUGGGGAAAGGGGGACAACCAGCGGCUCGGACACGGCACGGACGAGCACGUCCGCUACCCCAAACUGCUGGACAGUUUGCAAGGAAAGAAGGUGGUGGACAUCGCGGUGGGAUCCACGCACUGCCUGGCCCUGACGGACGAGGGCGAGGUGCACAGCUGGGGCAGCAACGACAAGCUGCAGCACUUCGACACGCUCUUCUCCAACAAGAAGCAGCCCAAGGCCCUGCCGGGGCUCAACACCAAACACAUCGUGGGCAUCGCCUGUGGGCCCGGGCAGAACUUUGCCUGGUCCUCGUGCUCCGAGUGGUCGGUGGGCCAGCGCGUGCCCUUCGUGGUGGACGUGUGCCCCAUGACGUUCGAGCAGCUGGACCUGCUCCUGCGCCAGGUGAGCGAGGGCAUGGAGGGCAGCUCCGACUGGCCCCCCCCGCAGGAGAAGGAGUGCAUGGUGGUGGCCACACUGAACCUGCUGCGGCUACAGCUCCACGCCGCCAUCAGUAACCAGGUGGACCCCGAGGAGCUGGGCCUGGGCCUGGGCAGCGUGCUGCUCAACAGCCUGAAGCAGACGGUGGUGACGCUGGCCAGCAAUGCCGGCGUCCUCAACACCGUGCAGUCGGCCGCUCAGGCCGUCCUGCAGAGCGGCUGGUCUGUGCUGCUGCCCACCGCCGAGGAGAGGGCCAGAGCGCUGUCAUCGCUGCUCCCCAGCGCGGUGUCUGGGAACGAGAUGAGUGUCAGUCCCGGCCGGCGCUUCAUGAUCGACCUGCUGGUCAGCAGCCUGAUGGCAGACGGAGGUCUGGAGUCGGCCCUCAAUGCCGCCAUUACAGCCGAGAUACAGGACAUUGAAGCCAAAAAGGAGGCUCAGAAGGAGAAGGAGAUUGACGAGCAAGAGGCCAACGCAUCCACGCUGCAAAGGAGCAGGACCCCGCUGGACAAAGACCUCAUAAACACAGGGAUCUACGAGUCUGCGGGGAAACAGAGCCUGCCCUUGGUACAGCUGGUACAGCAGCUGCUCAGGAACAUCGCCUCCCAGACCAUUGCGAGGCUGAAGGACGUGGCCAGGAAGAUCUCCAGCUGCCUGGACGCCGAGCACGUUGGCAAGGAGCGCUCGGCCUCCCUGGACCUGCUCCUCCGCUUCCAGCGGCUCCUGGUCAGCAAGCUGUACCUGGGCGUGAACGGGCCGGAGGUCGUCAAUGGAUACAAUCCGGACCUGCUGGGCGUGGGCUCUUUGCUGAAGAAGUACAUCGCCUUGCUGUGCACCCACAUCGGAGACAUCCUCCCCGUCGCCACCAGCAUCGCCUUCGCCGGCCACCGCCACUUCGCCGAGGUGUCGCGCAUCAUCGAGGGUGACCUCACAGGUGUCCUCCUUCCUGAGCUGGUGGUGUCCAUCGUGCUGCUCCUCACCAUCGACGCGGGUCUCAUGCAGGAGACCGGCUCCAUCCCCCUGCUGGCCGGACUGCUGGAGCACCUGGACCGCUUCAACCACCUGGCGCCCGGGCACGAGAGCGACGACAACGAGGACCUGGCCUGGCCGGGCAUCAUGGGCUCCUUCUUCUCCGGCCAGAGCUCCCGGAACAACGAGGAGGUGUCCCUCAUCCGCAAGGCCGACCUGGAGAACCACAACAAGGACGGCGGCUUCUGGACCGUCAUCGAAGGGAAGGUGUACGACAUCAAGGACUUCCAGGCGCAGUCGCUCACGGGGAACAGCAUUCUGGCCCAGUUUGCAGGAGAAGACCCGGUGGUUGCUCUUGAAGCGGCCUUGCAGUUCGAGGACACCAGGGAGUCCAUGCAGGCUUUCUGUGUGGGGCAGUACAUGGAGCCCAACCAGGAGACUGUGACCACGCCGGACCUGAGCAGCUUGUCCUCGCCCCUGAUCGACACGGAGAGGAACCUGGGCCUGCUGCUGGGGCUCCACGCCUCCUACCUGGCCAUGAGCACGCCGCUGUCCCCCAUGGAGAUAGAGUGCGCCAAGUGGCUCCAGUCAUCCAUCUUCUCUGGGGGCCUGCAGACCAGCCAGAUCCACUACAACUACAACGAGGAGAAGGACGAGGACCACUGCAGCCUGCCAGGCUCCACCGCGCCCGACAAGGCCAAGCUCAACUCCCGCAGACUCACCCUCAGCGACCACUCGCAGCCUUUCCUCCAAGCUAUCGCUGACAACAACAUCCAGGACCACACUGUGAAGGACUUCCUGUGCCAAAUCGAGCGCUGCUGCAAGCAGUACCACCUGAUCACGCCCAUCGUGUUCCCUCCGGAGCACCCUGUGGAGGAAGUGGGUCGGCUGCUGCUCUGCUGCCUGCUCAAGCACCAGGACCUCGGUCACGUCGCUCUCUCACUUAUCAAGCAAUGUGCCUUGGGCGUGGACCAAGGGAAACUGAGAUCCCUCCCCAAAUCUGUGAUUGACGUGUGUCGGAUGGUGUACCAGGCAAAGUGCUCUUUGAUUAAGACUCACCAGGAGCAGGGCCGGUCCUACAAAGAGGUGUGCGCCCCGGUGAUCGAGCGCCUGCGCUUCCUGUUCAACGAGCUGCGGCCGGCGGUCAGCAACGACCUGUCCAUCGUGUCCAAGCUGAAGCUGCUCAGCUCGCAGCCGCGCUGGAAGAGGAUCACGCAGAAGCUGAUCCGCGACAGCAGGAGGAAGAGAGUGCCUAAGAAGUCCGAGUCGGCUGACGUGGAGGAGUCGAAGCUGGAGAACGACGAGACGGACGGAGAGGACCCCUGCGCCGUUCCCAUCAGCCCCGCGCCUGCCGACAAGAAGCCCGCGCCCGCAAAGUCGCCCAAGCAGGACAAGUGGCAGCCCCUGUUGUCCACGGUGACCAGCGUGCACAAGUACAAAUGGCUGAAGCACAGCGUCCAAGGCACCUUCCCCCAGUCCAGCCUCAUGGCCACCAUCGUCGAGUUCGCCCUGAAGGAGGAACCUCUGGACGUGGAGAAGAUGAGGAAGUGCCUCCUGAAACAGCUGGAGAGGGCCGAGGUGAGGCUGGAGGGCAUCGACACCAUGCUGAAGCUGGCCUCCAAGAGCUUCCUGCUGCCGUCGGUGCAGUACGCCAUGCUGUGCGGCUGGCAGCGCCUCAUUCCGGAAGGGACCAAUAUCGGGGAGCCCCUGUCGGACUGCCUGAAGGACGUGGAUCUCAUUCCCCCUUUCAAUCGCAUGCUGCUGGAGGUGACCAUCGGCAAGCUGUACGCCUGGGCCAUCCAGAACGUCCGCACCAUCCUGCUGGAUGCCAGCGCCAAGUUUAAAGAGCUGGGUCAGUACCACCGUGUGGCACCCUCAUACGGACUUCUAUACCACCAUCCUAAUACACAGAUACUGUACCAACGACCCUUAUACACAGGUGUGCAGCCGGUUCCCCUGCAGACCAUCACCAAUGAGAACCCUGCGGGGCCCAGUCUGGGCACCAUGCCCCAGGCGCGCUUCCUGCUGGUCAUGCUCAACAUGCUGUCCCUGAAGCACGGAGCCAACGGCCUGAGCCUGCUGCUCAACUCCGGCAUGCUGGCGCUCACCCAGAGCAUCCUCAGGCUCAUCGGUCCCAGUACGGACAGCGCGGAGGAGGACCUGGGCUCCUGCGUCCACGGGGGCUCCGCCACCGUGCUGGAGGAGUCCCGCAAGGAGGCGGCGCCCACCCCCAUGCCCGCGUCGGGCCCCGAGCUGGCCGCCAUGAUGAAGAUCGGCACCCGCGUGAUGAGGGGCCUGGACUGGAAGUGGGGCGACCAGGACGGCCCCCCGCCGGGCCUGGGGCGGGUCAUAGGGGAGCUGGGGGAGGACGGCUGGAUCCGGGUGCAGUGGGACACCAGCAGCACCAACUCCUACAGGAUGGGCAAGGAGGGCAAGUACGACCUCAAACUGGCGGAACCUCCGCCCCCCGCGCAGCCUGCCACUGAGGACUCGGACACCGAGGACGACACUGAGGGGGAGCAGGUGGAGAAGAGCUCUCACCCGACGGCGCUGAUGCUCACCAGCACAGUGAACCUGCUGAAGACCCUGGCCCUGUCGGCCGGGAUCCACGCCGAGGUGAUGCAGACGGAGGCCACGCGCACGCUCUGCGGCCUGCUCAGGAUGCUCGUGGAGAGCGGAGCCAACGACAAGACUGGUUGCUCCGCCCACAGGCAGGUGUCCCGCGAGCAGCACCGCAGCUGGUGCACGCUGGGCUUCAUCCGGAGCAUCGCCCUGACGCCGCAGAUGUGCAGCACCCUCAGCACGCCGGCCUGGAUCGGCCUGCUGGUGCGCAUCGUGGAGGGCCACCAGCCCUUCACCGCCGUCACGCUGCAGAGACAGAUCCUGGCUCUGCGCCUGUUGCAAGCGGUGCUCCCAUCCUGGGACAAGAUGGAGAGGUCCCAGGACAUGAAGUUCCUGGUGGAGAAGCUGUUUGGGUUUCUGGGAAGCCUGCUCAGUACCUGCUCCUCAGAUCUCCCUCUCCUCAGAGAGGGCUCCCUGCGCAGAAGGAAGUCCCGCCCCCAGGCGUCGCUCACGGCGACUCACAGCAGCACGCUGGCGGAGGAGAUCGUGGCUGUGCUGCGCACCCUGCACUCCCUGGGCCAAUGGAACGCCCUGAUCAAUGAGUACACCAACUCCCAGCUCAGCUGCAUCGGCGACGUCAUGGCAGGCCGGCACGCCGAGGCGACCCUGCUGGAGGAGUACUUCCCCGACUCGGAGGGCCCAGCGGUGGGCAGUCUGAUGGCGGUGCUGGCAGUGAUUGGGGGCAUUGACGGGCGCCUGCGGCUGGGGGGUCAGGUGGUCCACGAGGAGUUCGGGGAGGGGACGGUCACCCGCAUCACCCCGAAGGGCAGGAUCACCGUGCAGUUCCACGAGAUGAGGACCUGCAGGGUGUGUCUGCUCAGCCAGCUCAAACCGCUGCCGGUGGUGGCCUUCAGCGUUCACAACCUGCCCUUCACCGAGCCCAUGCUGUCCGUGUGGGCCCAGCUGGUGCACCUGGCCGGCAGCAAGCUGGAGAAGCAGCGCAUGAAGAAGUCCCUGAGCCGCGGCCUCACAGCGGACCAGGUGGACCUGCACCUCCUGCGCUGUCAGCAGCUGCGUUUGUACAUCCUGAAGGCGGCGCGGGCGCUGCUGUCCCACCAGGACAAACUGAGGCAGAUCCUCUCCCAGUCUGCCGUCCUGGAGACCGGACCCACCCCCAGCGAGGACACCGUGGCGUCGUCUCCGGACGUCGGGGACCUGUCCCCCGACGGGCCCCUGCCCCCCCUCAUCCUCCUGCAGCAGCUGCUGUCUGCGGCCACGCAGCCCUCCCCCAUCAAGGCCAUAUUCGACAGGCAGGAGCUGGAGGCGGCGGCCCUGGCGGUGUGUCAGUACCUGGCGGUGGAGUCCACGCACCCGUCCUCCCCGCUGUUCGAGGACAGCAGCUCCAGCGAGGCGACCACGCCCGUCACCGUGCAGCACGUGCGGCCGCCCAAGCAGAAGAAGCACAAGGCCUCUCCCGUGCCCCCGCUGCCCAUCGUGGUGCAGCUCAUGGAGAUGGGCUUCCAGAGGAAGAACAUCGAGUUCGCCCUCAAGUCCCUGUCCGGAGCUACAGGAAGUGCCUCUGGGAUACCAGGAGUGGAGGCAUUGGUUGGCUGGCUGCUGGAUCACCCCGACGUCCACGUCACCGAGCUGUCGGACGCUGACACCGUGUCCGACGAAUACUCAGAUGAGGAAGUCCUGGAGGAGAUUGAGGAGCCUGAGACUGCCUUCCCCAUCCCUUCUGGGGCCGUGGUGACGGAGAGCCAGACCUUCAAGAGGAGGUCGGACUUCCAGACCAACGAUGACUACGCCGUGUACGUCCGGGAGAACAUACAGGUGGGGAUGAUGGUGAAGUGCUGCAGGACGUAUGAGGAGGUGUACGAGGGCGACGUGGGGAAGGUGAUCAAGCUGGACCGGGACGGGCUCCACGACCUCAACGUGCAGUGUGACUGGCAGCAGAAGGGAGGGACCUACUGGGUCCGCUACAUCCACACCGAGCUCCUGGGCUUCCCGCCACAGAGCUCUCCAUCGCACAUCAAGAUCGGGGACAAAGUUCGGGUCAAACCCUCGGUCACCACGCCAAAGUACAAGUGGGGGUCAGUCACUCACAGGAGCGUCGGAGUUGUGAAGGCUUUUAGUGCCAACGGGAAAGACGUGAUCGUGGAUUUCCCUCAGCAGUCUCAUUGGACAGGCCUGCUGUCGGAGAUGGAGCUGGUGCCCAGCAUCCACCCAGGAGUGAGGUGUGACGGUUGCCAGAUGUUCCCAAUCAACGGCCCCAGGUUCAAAUGCAGGAACUGUGAAGACUUUGACUUCUGUGAAAACUGCUUCAAGACCCGCAAGCACAACACCAGGCACUCGUUCGGCAGAAUCAACGAGCCGGGCCAGUCUCCGGCGUUCUGCGGCCGAUCGGGGAAGCAGCUGAAGCGGCACCACAGCAGCCAGCGCGGGAUGCUGAUCGACGAGUGGUCCCGCGCCGUCAAGAACCUCAGCGUGUCGUCCUCCGUCAACCAGGCCUCGCGCCUCAUCGACUGCGGGGAGCAGUGCUGGCAGUCCUCCGGCUCGCAGGGCAAGCACUGGAUCCGUUUGGAGCUCUUCCCAGACGUCCUGGUCCACCGGCUGAAGAUGAUGGUGGAUCCGGCGGACAGCAGCUACAUGCCCUCUCUGGUGGUGGUGUCGGGAGGAAAUUCUCUGAACAACCUCAUAGAGCUGAAGACGAUCAACAUCAACCCCACGGACACCGCCGUCCCCCUGCUCAGCGACUGCACCGAGUAUCACCGCUACAUCGAGAUCGCCAUCAAGCAGUGCAGGAGCUCCGGGAUCGACUGUAAGAUCCACGGGUUGGGAAUCGUGGGCCGGAUCCGGGCCGAGGACGAGGACCUGGCGACCGUGCCCUUCCUGGCGUCCGACAACGAGGAGGAGGACGACGACAAGACCAGCACCGGGAGGUUUCCAGUGGGAAGGCUUAACGGGGUAAAGUGUGUGUCACUAAAACACUACGACUGCCUGGCUCGGAAGAAAUCAGCUGGCCUGGAGUCCGCAGCGUCCAUCAGAACCAAAGUCUUCGUCUGGGGCCUGAACGACAAAGAUCAGUUGGGAGGCCUCAAGGGAUCCAAGAUCAAGGUGCCUUCCUUCUCCGAGACCCUCUCUGCCCUGAACGUGGUGCAGGUAGCGGGCGGGUCAAAGAGCCUGUUCGCAGUGACGGCGGAGGGCAAGGUGUAUGCCUGCGGCGAGGCCACUAACGGCAGGCUGGGCCUGGGGCUCUCCAGCGGCACCAUCCCCAUCCCGCGCCAGAUCUCCGCCCUCAGCAACUACGUGGUGAAGAAGGUGGCCGUGCACUCGGGAGGGCGCCAUGCCAUGGCCCUGACCGUGGACGGAAAGGUCUUCUCCUGGGGCGAGGGGGACGACGGCAAACUGGGACACUUCAGCAGGAUGAACUGUGACAAGCCGCGCCUCAUCGAGGCCUUGAAGACCAAGCGGAUCCGGGACAUCGCCUGCGGGAGCUCCCACAGUGCGGCCAUCACCUCCAGCGGGGAGCUGUACAGCUGGGGCCUGGGAGAGUACGGCCGGCUGGGGCACGGAGACAACACCACCCAGCUCCGGCCCAAACUGGUGAAAGUGCUCCUGGGUCAUCGCGUCGUCCAGGUGGCUUGUGGGAGUCGGGACGCUCAGACCCUGGCUCUCACGGAUGAAGGCUUGGUGUUCUCCUGGGGGGACGGAGAUUUCGGGAAGUUGGGCCGAGGGGGCAGCGAGGGCUGCAACAUCCCCCAAAACAUCGAGAGGCUGAACGGGCAGGGCGUGUGCCAGAUCGAGUGUGGGGCCCAGUUCUCCCUGGCUCUCACCAAGUCUGGCGUGGUCUGGACCUGGGGUAAAGGGGACUACUUCCGCCUGGGCCACGGCACGGACGUGCACGUGCGGAAGCCGCAGAUGGUGGAGGGCCUCCGGGGGAAGAAGAUCGUCCACGUGGCCGUGGGAGCGCUGCACUGCCUGGCCGUGACCGACACGGGACAGGUCUUCGCCUGGGGAGACAACGACCACGGGCAGCAGGGGAACGGGACCACCACCGUCAACAGGAAGCCCACGCUGGUGCAGGGCCUCGAGGGCCAGAAGAUCACCCGCGUGGCCUGCGGCUCCUCCCACAGCGUCGCCUGGACGACCAUGGACGUGACCACGCCCUCCGUGCACGAGCCCGUCCUCUUCCAGACCGCCAGGGACUCGCUGGGGGCCUCCUACCUCGGGGUCCCCUCAGACAGUGACGCCUCUGCUGUCAGCAAUAAGAUGAUUGGCCAGAGCAACGUCAAACCCAACAGACCGUCAUUGGCCAAAAUCCUGCUGUCGCUGGACGGAAACCUGGCCAAGCAGCAGGCCCUCUCCCAUGUCCUGUCAGCCCUGCAGAUUAUAUAUGCCAGGGACGCAGUGGUGGGAGCCCUGAUGCCCGCCUGCAUGAUCAUGCCCGUGGAGUGCCCCUCCAGCUCCCCCAUCCCGCCCUCGGACGAGUCCAGCGCCUCCAGCCCCUCGGAGGCCGAGGAGCCCCCCGUGCCCCCCGAAACAGAGGAGAGGCUCAGCCCCAACCCCUGGCAGGACAAGAGGGGCGAGGCGGCACCCACGGAAGAUGCCAUCACCCCGUCGUCGGCGGUAACGCCCUCUGCAGCCGCUGCUUCUUCGCGUCCCUUCGUCCCCAUGACGGACGACCCCGGUGCGGCCAGCAUCAUCGCCGAGACCAUGACCAAGACCAAAGAGGACUCGGAGAGCCAGAGCAAGGCGGCCGGGCCGGAGCCGCAGUACCUGGACGAGUUCACCAGCCUGCUGGUUCCGGACGACACGCGCGUGAUGGUGGACCUGCUCAAGCUGGCCGUGUCCGUGCGCUCGGGGGAGAAGGGCAAGGAGGUGCUGUCGGCCGUGCUGUCGGGCAUGGGGACCGCCUACCCGCAGGUGGCGGACAUGCUGCUGGAGCUGUGCGUGACGGAGCUGGAGGACGUGGCCACGGACUCUCAGAGCGGCCGCCUGUCCUCCCAGCCCGUGGUGGUGGAGAGCAGUCACCCCUACACCGACGACACCUCCACCAGCGGCACCGUCAAGAUCCCAGGGGCUGAGGGACUGAGGGUGGAGUUCGACCGGCAGUGUUCCACAGAGAGGCGGCACGACCCGCUCACCAUCAUGGACGGGGCCAAUAGGAUCGUGUCUGUCCGAUCAGGUCGCGAGUGGUCCGAUUGGUCGAGCGAGCUUCGUAUCCCGGGUGACGAGCUCAAGUGGAAGUUCACCAGCGACGGAUCCGUCAAUGGCUGGGGCUGGCGCUACACUGUGUAUCCCAUCAUGCCUGCUGCUGGGCCCAAGGACCUGCUGUCGGACCGCUGCAUCCUCUCCUGCCCGUCCAUGGACCUGGUCACCUGCCUGCUGGACUUCCGGCUCAGCUUCGCCUCAAACAGGGGCAUCGUGCCGCGGCUGGCCGCCUCGCUGGCUGCGUGCGCGCAGCUGAGCGCGCUGGCGGCCGGUCACCGCAUGUGGGCGCUGCAGAGGCUACGCAAGCUGCUGACCACAGAGUUCGGCCAGUCCAUCAACAUCAACAGGCUGCUGGGCGACGGCGACGGAGAGGCCCGCUCGCUGACUUUCUCAGGCAGUGCACUGUCCGCCCUGGUGAAGGGCCUUCCUGAAGCCCUGCAGAGGCAGUAUGAGUACGAGGACCCCAUCGUCAGAGGGGGGAAGCAGCUGCUGCACAGCCCCUUCUUCAAGGUGCUGGUAGCGCUGGCGUGUGAUCUGGAGCUGGACACCCUGCCCUGCUGCGCCGAGACUCACAAGUGGGCGUGGUUCCGCAGGUACUGCACCGCCUCCAGGGUGGCGGUGGCCCUGGACAAGAGGACCCCUCUGCCACGCCCGUUUCUUGAUGAGGUGGCCAAGAAGAUCCGCGAGCUGAUGGCCGACCAGGAGAACAUGAACGCUCUCCACGAGAGCCACGACAUAUUCAAGAGGGAGCAGGACGAGCAGCUGGUGCAGUGGAUGAACAGGCGUCCGGACGACUGGACCCUGUCCGCCGGAGGAAGCGGGACCAUCUACGGCUGGGGGCACAACCACAGGGGUCAGCUGGGGGGCAUCGAGGGGGCGAAGGUCAAGGUGCCCACCCCCACGGAGGCCCUGGCCACCCUGCGGCCCGUGCAGCUGAUCGGAGGGGAGCAGACCCUGUUCGCCGUGACCGCCGACGGCAAGCUGUACGCUACAGGCUACGGGGCUGGGGGGCGGCUGGGCAUCGGGGGCACGGAGUCUGUGUCCACCCCCACCCUGCUGGAGAGCAUCCAGCACGUCUUCAUCCGGAAGGUGGCCGUUAACUCCGGGGGCAAACACUGCCUGGCGCUGUCCUCCGAGGGGGAGGUGUACUCCUGGGGAGAGGCCGAGGACGGGAAACUGGGCCACGGCAACCGCAGCCCGUGUGACCGGCCGCGUGUCAUCGAGUCGCUGCGGGGCGUGGAGGUGGUGGACAUCGCGGCUGGAGGGGCUCACAGCGCCUGCAUCGCGGCCAGCGGCGAGCUGUACACCUGGGGGAAGGGCCGAUACGGCCGGCUGGGACACGGAGACAGUGAGGACCAGCUCAAACCAAAACUGGUGGACGCCCUGCAGGGUCACAGGGUGAUCGAUGUGGCGUGCGGCAGCGGGGACGCGCAGACGCUGUGCCUGACGGACGAUGACAUGGUGUGGUCCUGGGGGGACGGAGACUACGGCAAGCUUGGGAGGGGGGGCAGCGACGGCUGCAAGGUCCCCAUGAAGAUCGACUCGCUCACGGGCCUGGGGGUGGUCAAGGUGGAGUGCGGCUCCCAGUUCUCCGUGGCGCUCACCAAGUCCGGAUCCGUCUACACGUGGGGGAAGGGUGACUACCACAGGUUGGGCCACGGCUCGGACGACCACGUGCGCCGGCCCCGGCAGGUCCAGGGCCUCCAGGGGAAGAAAGUGAUCGCCAUCGCCACAGGGUCCCUGCACUGCGUCUGCUGCACCGAGGACGGGGAGGUGUACACGUGGGGGGACAACGACGAGGGCCAGCUGGGGGACGGCACCACCAACGCCAUCCAGAGGCCGCGGCUGGUCGCCGCGCUGCAGGGGAAGAAGAUCAACCGGGUGGCCUGCGGCUCCGCCCACACGCUCUCUUGGUCCACCAGCAAACCCGCCAACGCUGGCAGGCUCCCCGCGCAGGUUCCCAUGGAGUAUAACCACCUGCAGGAGAUCCCCAUCAUCGCGCUGAGGAACAGGCUGCUGCUGCUGCACCACAUCUCUGAGCUCUUCUGCCCCUGCAUCCCCAUGUUCCACCUGGAGGGCCGGCUGGGACACACGGGACAGGGCCCCUCUGUGGGCUUCGACACGCUCAGAGGCAUCCUCAUCUCCCAGGGAAAAGAAGCGGCGUUCCGCAAGGUGGUGCAGGCCACCAUGGUGAGGGACCGACAGCACGGGCCUGUGGUGGAGCUCAACCGGAUACAGGUGAAGCGCUCCCGCAGUAAAGGGGGUCUUGCCGGCCCGGAUGGGACCAAGUCCGUUUUCGGUCAGAUGUGCGCUAAGAUGAGCUCCUUCAGCCCGGACAGCCUGCUCCUCCCGCACCGCGUGUGGAAGGUCAAGUUUGUGGGCGAGUCGGUGGAUGACUGCGGAGGGGGCUACAGCGAGUCCAUCGCCGAGAUGUGCGAGGAGCUGCAGAACGGCCUCACGCCGCUGCUCAUCGUCACUCCCAACGGCCGCGACGAGUCCGGCGCCAACCGAGACUGCUUCCUGCUCAACCCCGCCGCCAAGUCGCCCCUGCACAUGAACAUGUUCCGCUUCCUAGGUGUGCUCCUGGGCAUCGCCAUCCGCACCGGGAGCCCCCUGAGCCUCAACCUGGCCGAGCCCGUGUGGAAGCAGCUGGCGGGAAUGAACCUGACCAUCGCUGACCUCAGUGAGGUCGAUAAAGACUUCAUCCCCGGGCUGAUGUACAUCCGGGAUAAUGAGGCCACGUCGGAGGAGUUUGAGGCGAUGACCCUGCCAUUCACCGUGCCAAACGCCAGCGGCCAGGACAUCCAGCUCAGCUCCAAGUACUCCCACAUCACGCUGGACAACCGGGCCGAAUAUGUGCGCCUAGCAAUAAACUACAGGCUCCAUGAGUUUGACGAGCAGGUGUCGGCUGUGCGUGAGGGCAUGGCCCGGGUGGUCCCUGUUCCCCUGCUCUCCCUAUUCACUGGAUACGAGCUGGAAACCAUGGUGUGCGGAAGCCCGGACAUCCCGCUGCACCUGCUCAAGUCCGUGGCCACCUACAAGGGCGUGGAGCCCACGGCGCCGCUCAUCCAGUGGUUCUGGGAGGUGAUGGAGUCCUUCUCCAACACGGAGCGCUCCCUUUUCCUCCGCUUCGUCUGGGGCCGCACCCGCCUGCCCAGGACCAUCGCCGACUUCCGCGGCCGCGACUUCGUCGUGCAGGUUCUGGACAAGUACAGUCCCCCAGAUCACUUCCUGCCGGAGUCGUACACCUGCUUCUUCCUGCUGAAGCUGCCCAGGUACUCCUGCAAGCAGGUGCUGGAGGAGAAGCUGAAGUAUGCCAUCCACUUCUGCAAGUCCAUCGACACCGACGACUACGCCCGCAUCGCUCUGACGGGCGAGCCGGCGGCCGACGACAGCAGCGAGGACUCCGACAACGAGGACGCCGACUCCUUCGCCUCCGACUCCACCCAGGACUACCUGACGGGCCACUGAAGGGCUCCCUCCGACCUUUGACCCCUGACCCCCUCGAGGCAAACUCGAGUCGCUAAGGUCACAACCACAACAAGCUGGCGUGCAGUAGCGCAAACCGCGACGCCAGUUUUAAUCCCACGUAUCACUAAUACUACUACUAAAACUACUUAAUGUUAAGAAUAAAAAAAGCUAGGUAUUGAGUCCUGUAAAAAAAAAAAAUAAGAUGAUUAAAAUCAUAAUGUGCAAUUAGCUCUUGAAGGCAGUGUAAUAUGGAGAGAAGUAGGUGCUCCUUGUUAUAAUAAUUUUUUUUUUUCAGGAAAAAAAAGAGUUAAAGAAAAGCUGCACAGAUCAACUUUGUGUUUUACUUGUGUCAUGUGUAUAGAUUAUCAAAAAAAACAGCAGGACAUCAGAAAAGGCAUUUCGCCUAGCACUGUGGUAGACUUCUCCUGUUUUUUCUUCUUUUUUUGUUUAGUUUUUUUUUUUUUUUGGUGACUUUUCCUUAUCUUAGUUUGUUGUAUAUUGGAGAUAAUAUGCUACAGAUGACUAGUAUUAUAUUUUUGUUGGUAAUAGCAGUGUUUCUUUAUAAGAACAUUUUUUUGACUAUGGAAGUGUCGGUGUUUGUCACUCGACUCUGGUCAAACGCGACCCGCCGAAAUGUCAUUUUACGGAUGUCUGUCACUGUAUCCAUAUCUCUACUUAAUCUUUUCACCCAGUGUGUAUGCGCUGUCCUCCUUUGGAAAUGUAUAUAAUAUGAUUGUGCCAUGUAUUCAUGAACUGUGUCAUCUUCUGAGAAUAUAUUUCAACCAAAAUGACCCUUCAAAGUCCCUUCAAAGAUUUGUUCAUUAAAUCAUUUAUCUGGUGGAUUCA